AUGCGAUUCACAGUUUUCCUUCCGUUGACAAUGCCAACAUUGCUCAGCGCAUUUACUGCGCAUUGGAAUUUCUUCGACAAAGCUUGCCUAAAUUGGUACAAGGAUUUCGAUAGGUUUGAUAUUGAAGCCAAUAAAGGGCUUGAGUUUUGGGGAGAGAAGAUAUCGAUUUUCUAUGAGUUUAACUUUGGCAGUUAUCCAUACUAUAGAAACUAUGACGAGAACGAGCCAGUUAAUGGUGGACAUCCUCAGCUCUGCAACUUGACGGCUCACCUGGAAGUAGUCAAACUUAAUAUCACGAAGAGAAUCAAAGAUGAAAAUUUCGCCGGACUUGCAGUAAUUGACUUUGAGCACUGGCGUCCCUUAUUCGAUGAAAAUGGAUACCAGAAAAUGCAGGUCUACCAGAAUGUGUCCAUCAAAAUUGCCACAGAAAAAUAUCCCCACUUUACCCAUGAUCAAAUAAAGGAGGAAGCAAAAAAGGAAUACAACGAGGCCGCCAAAGAAUUCUUCCUCAAAACAAUCGAGGAAGCGAGGAUAUUACGACCAAAUGGUAAAUGGGGAUUUUAUGGCUUUCCCUACUGUGACUACGAUGCAGGCACAUCUAAGAAGCCGAGUUGCACGAAAACGUACCAGGACUGGAACAAUAGAAUGAUGUUUCUCUUCGAAGCAAGCGAUGCCUUAUAUCCCUCAAUAUACCUAGAAAAUAAAAACACUCCGGAAGAACGAUCUAAGUACGUCAAGGCAAUUCUGGAAGAAGCACUAAGAAUUGCCAACAUGUUCUCACCUCCACUUCCCAUUUAUGCGUAUACAAAAAUUGAAUACGAUUCACGAACGAAGAUUGGCAAUUUCUAUAACGCUGAAGAUCUGUGUUCAACGACUAAGCAACCAGCUGAUUUAGGAGUGGAUGGAAUAAUAUUCUGGGGCAGCAGUAAUAAUAUUAAACAACGCUGUCCAUUUAUCGAGAAAGAAAUGGAUGGAACUGUCGGACCGUGCAUCACAAGCCAGUCCUAUGUCGUUGAUCCAGCUGAUUAUAAAUGCGAUUGUGACUACGGCUACAGUGGUGACGAUUGCUCUAAAAAGGAUGAGACAAUAACUUCGUCGAAAUGA